UUUUCGAAUUCUCUCUCUCGCGUAUAAAUCCGUCCUGCUUUUGUAAUCUGGGAAUCAUCUGUUGUGCACAUACGAUUUUUCAUUCGUCUGUGGAGAAUCCACCGUCUAAUUAUGUUCUCCCCCUAAUUCCCUAUCGCGUCUGGUGUUUUCCGGCGAUAACUGCCGGAGAAUGGCAUAUAUGUGCGCCGACAGUGGAAAUCUAAUGGCGAUCGCUCAACAAGUUAUCAAGCAGAAACAACAGCAACAACAACAACAGCAGCAGCAACAGCAACAACAGCAGCAAAUCCUCGGCGUCAACACUUUCUCCUUGAGCCCAUGGAGUGGUAGUGGCACACAUCAACCCAUCACUACUUCUCCAUCUUACGGCUACAGUCUCAACAACGCCGGAUUCUCCGACCCAUUUACGGUGGCUGGGAAUACUGAUACGGGGGAUGCAGUACUAUCGUUUCCGCAGUUGGAAGAGCAUCAUCCCACUGGGUACAGAUACUCCGAUUUGGGUGGCACCACGGGUGGCGAUUUCGACUCAGAUGAAUGGAUGGAGAGUUUAAUGGGCGGCGGAGAGUCGACGGAAAGCUCAGAGCUUCCAUCCGGCUGCGAAACAUGGCGCAGCAACCCCGAGUUCUCACUCUACGGUGGCGAUCCCUUCCUCUCCUGUUCGAGUCGACUCAACCUCUCUUCAUCCCCUCCCUCCGAUCUCAAUCGGCUCAUCUUCUCGGACACCCAGAAAAACCCUUCUUCUCUUCAAGCUCAAUUACCUACAUGGACCCUAUCGCCACCUCCGCCACCACUGACACAACCACCAGCACUAGCGGCGAUUGACGACUCUCCUCCACCAGACAAGCAUCCCCCGCAAAGCCACCGUAAAAAAUCCGCAACCAGUAUCGCAGCUCAAUCACUAGAAACUGAGUCCACCUCGCCCCUACUGAAAUCCCUACUAGAUUGUGCCCGUGUCGCCGAUUCUGAACCAGAAAGCGCCGUGAAAUCGCUCGUUGAACUCCGAAAGCCAGCGUUCGAACAUGGCAGUCCAACAAAACGGUUGGUGUACUACUUCUCAGAAGCUCUUUAUAGUCGAGUUUCUUCGAAAACUGGUAAAAGCCUUCCUACGUUUGAAACAUCUCCCGAGGAUUUCACACUCUGUUACAAAGCUUUAAACGAUGCCUGCCCUUACUCGAAGUUCGCCCAUUUAACUGCAAACCAGGCGAUUCUUGAAGCAACCGAGUCUGCGAAUCGGAUACACAUCGUAGAUUUCGGAAUUGUCCAAGGAGUUCAGUGGGCAGCCCUCCUGCAAGCUCUUGCAACGCGAUCCGCCGGAAAACCUUCGAGAAUACGAAUUUCUGGAAUUCCGGCACCAGCACUUGGGAACUCUCCGUCGGCGUCUUUGUUUGCAACUGGAAAUCGUCUCCGAGAUUUUGCAAAGCUUCUUGAUCUGAAUUUCGAGUUUGAGCCCAUCUUGACACCGAUCAAAGAGCUGAACGAAUCAAGCUUCCGAGUUGAAUCCGACGAGGUUUUGGCUGUGAAUUUCAUGCUUCAGUUGUAUAACUUGUUGGACGAGACACCAGGAGCCGUUGAGAGGGCUCUGCGAUUAGCGAAAUCCCUUAAUCCCAGUGUGCUGACACUGGGGGAGUACGAAGCGAGCCUGAAUCGUAUCGAUUUUCUCAGCAGGUUUAAGAACGCGUUGAGGUAUUACUCGGCGGUUUUCGAAUCGCUCGAUCCCAGCUUGGGAAGAGACUCAACAGAGCGACUUCAAAUCGAGAGAUUACUGCUUGGGAGACGAAUCGCCAGUGUGGUUGGGCCUGACGAAGGGCCGAUCAGACGAGAACGGAUGGAGGAGAAAGAGCAGUGGAAGAUUUUGAUGGAAAAUUCUGGUUUUGAAUCAGUAGCUCUCAGCCAUUACGCUGUAAGCCAAGCUAAAAUCCUUCUUUGGAACUACAACUACAGUCCUCUGUAUUCCCUAGCUGAAUCAUCUCCUGCGUUUCUUUCACUUGCGUGGAACAACAUACCCCUCCUCACAGUAUCCUCAUGGCGCUGAUGAUUUCUAAUUAACCAAAGAUAGAUAGCUUCUUUGCAGAUUCCACCUGGGUUUUUUUU